AGAACCAUACUGGCACAUCAGACCGCGGGUUCGAGAUGGGCUAAAGUGGCGGCGACGUUGAAAAAUCUCAAAAUCGCCGGCGCAAUCGCAAAAGAGUUGGAUUGUGGACGGAUCGUAGAAGAAGUAGGAGAAAUCGCCCUUGUGCUUUCGUUCUCCAACUCAAAGAAUUUUCAUUUGAUAUUCAAGGAUGGGGGAAAAUCUUAAGGAUAGAGUUAAUGCCCUUGGUGAGCAUCUAAAGAGCAGUGGAUCUGGGGUUGGCCGCAAGAUGACUGCUAGUGUGAGCUCCAUGAGUUCUAGGAUGAAGGAGUUGUUUCAAGUCCAAAACGAAGCUGAAAAAAUAGUUGAGGCAGCAACCUCGGAGACCCUGAAUGCCCCGAACUGGCCUGCCAACCUUGAAAUCUGUGACAUGAUCAACAGUGGAAGAUUCAACAGCUUUGAUUUCAUCCGUGGCAUUAAGAAGCGGAUCAUGCUGAAGAAUACUAGUGUUCAAUAUCUUGCAUUAGUUCUUCUUGAGACCUGUGUAAAGAACUGUGAGAAGGCAUUUUCAGAGGUUGCCUCAGAGAGGAUACUUGAUGAGAUGGUCAGGUUGAUUGAUGAUCCACAGACUGUAGUGAAUAAUAGGAAUAAGGCUCUUAUCUUGAUUGAGGCAUGGGGAGAAGCUGGAGAGGAGCUUAAAUACUUGCCAGUCUUUGAGGAAACCUACAAGAGUUUGAAAUCUAGAGGCAUUCGAUUCCCCGGUCGAGAUAAUGAAAGCUUAGCUCCAUUAUUUACUCCUCCACGCUCAGUUUCAGAGACAGAAGCAUAUAACAAUGCUAAUCGGCAGACAUUCAAUGAUUUCCAUGCACACAAUUUAACUGCUGAGCAAAUAAAGGAAGCUUUUGAUGUGGCUCGCAACAGCAUUGAACUUCUGUCCACUGUUUUAUCAUCCUCGCCGCAUCAAGAAGCUUUACAGGAUGACUUGACAAGUACCCUCUUUCUGCAAUGCGAACAAAGCCAAUACACAGUUCAAAGAAUCAUCGAGACAGCAGGUGACAAUGAAGCUCUACUUUUUGAGGCGUUGAAUGUAAAUGACGAACUCCAAAAGGUUCUCUCCAAGUACGAGCAACUGAAGAAGCCACCAGCUGUGAAUUCCGCACCACAGCCUGCAGUGAUUCCAGUCGCGGUCGAGCCUGAGGACUCUCCUCGAGUGAGCAGUGACAAUGCCCUCAUCAGAAAACCAGCUGGUGCAAGAGGAAGAUCGAGCACAGACGACAACUUAGAUGAUCUCGACGAGAUGAUAUUCAGCAGAAAGGGAAGGAGUACAUCCGAGGAUCAAGACCCUAAAAAAUAGCAGAAGUAAUAGAAAGAUGACCUAAUCAGCUUCUGAGCCCUCUCCUGAUAAAAAGUUUCAUGAUUCUCAUAGAAUUGUUAUCAUGCUUGAGAGGGUAGAAUGUGAUGCAUAAAUGGAUUUAAUUCACCAUCUCUGAGACUGAACAAGUAAAACUAUUUCCUCAACUCGUUUGUAUAGUAUUUCCGAGUGCUACAUUAGGGUUUAUAUGUCAGACUGUUCCAUGUGUUAUUAAAUUUAUAUAAUGUGAUUAGAAUAAUGAUGUCACCAAUCAA